AUGAAAGAUGCCAAUAUUCCUUGUACGAUCAUCUACGAUUCAGCUAUCGGCCAAGCUUUGGAGAGGAUCAAUCCCAAUUGGGGAGACUUCGGCCCUUGGACAGAAUGCAGUCAAACUUGUGGCGGCGGGACCAAAUCGAGAACUCGAAAAUGCUUUUUAGACGGGGAGCAAGUGGAUGAAAGUCAAUGUGAAGGCUCAAAGACGAGAAACCUUGACUGCAAUACUCAUCUUUGUGCUGUCCCCACUCAAUGGAGCGAUUGGUCUACUUGUCCGGUCACUUGUGGAGACGGCCUUCAAAUUCGAUCCCGACAAUGCAAUGACAUUAUUGCUAAUGAGGUAGUGCCUUACCAGCAUUGCGAAAAGCUCAACCCUGGCGAGACUUCCACUCAAAGUUGCGAUGUUCCUCCGUGUAGUGCAUGGACUGAAUGGGGAGAAUGGGCCAAAUGCAAUUACAAUAUAACAGGGGAGACGAUUCUGCGAUCAAGGCAGUGCGAGCACGUGUCGGAGGGCGUUAUUGAUGCGACCAAUUGCGGCACAACAGCCGAUGCCAAUGAAGAAGAAACAUGUCCUGAUCUGAAAAUCUGUCCCGAGGAAAGACCCCACGUUUUCAACGAGGGCACAGCCUGUUGCAAAUUCUACUACCGGACAAACUCGAGUUCAUUUUGUGAUGGUGGAUUCCUCGAUCUGAAUGACCCUUUGGAGUGCUGUCCGGAGGGUGACCAUGAGGAUUGCGAUAACGAACCCGGUUAUUGUCAGGAUCAUGAAAUAGCCCCGAGUAAUAUAGAAACUUGA